AUGCAGGAAAUCCAUGUGAGCCCGCGGGAUCCAGUUCCCUCCACGCGGCAGUUUUCAUCGCCGGCCGAGCUCCCUCCAGCUCAAAAGACCAAGCUCCAUCCAUCCAAACCAGGCUCGGAAAAUGCCUCUCUCUUUUUUGUGGGCAAGGCUUGUGUUAUCAUAGAAUGGCACGGUACUCGGUUAAUCACUGAUCCCAACUUCGCGAGAGAAGGAGAAAAGGUCCACCUUGAUCGAGGUAUCAGUAGUAAAUGUCUCACCAAUCCAGCCGUUGAUCUACACAAUCUGCCUCGAAUUGAUCUCGUUCUUCUCUCGCAUUUCCAGGAGGGCUACUUUGAUCCAAAGCUGGAGGCUUCUCUCAGGCGUGAUAUUCCGAUUGUUACGACUCCCCAAGUCAAGACGCGUCUCAUCGCGAAACGAGAGGAACCAUUUACUUCGGUUUCUGCACUACGCCCCUUCGAGCAUAUUGAUAUUCACAUUGCAGACACGGAAAAAUCAAGGCAGCCUCGAAUACGGAUAACAGGAAUGCCAGGAAAGAACGUGGCAUCAAAACGGAUGUUGCAGACAUUGACUCAUGCCGCUCCGCCAACUAAUGGAUGGAUGCUUGAGCUGGGCUAUGGUACUCACAAGAAACCUGACUUCACUUGCAGCUAUCGCAUAUACGUGUCUGGAGACACCUUGGCUACCAAGGCGCUACACGAAGUUACCCACCGCUAUGAAGGACAGCCCAUUGACCUGAUGCUCCCUCGUCUCGGGGGUACGAUUCUUCCCUCGUUCCUGGUAGGACGAAUCAUGGAGCCGCUAGCAUCGACCGUCACUAUGGAUGCCGAGGAUGGAAUACAUCUCAUGCAAUUGAUCAAACCCGAGCUCACGAUCCCAAUCCACUAUGAUGACUUUGAGGUAUUCAGAAGCUCGUUGGAAGAUUUUCAGCGCCUAGUUGAGGCGGUCAGUUUGUCUGACAAAGUGCUGUAUCUAGACCGGGGUGACGAGUAUCGCUUUUAUGUGAGAGACGAACCUGAAGAUUGA